AUGGCACAGCAUCUUGCACGAAGAAGAAAGGCUGGACACGAUCGAGAGAAAAAAGGCGAAACCAAGGAGGUGCUGUUCGAUGAAAGAGCACGAAAGGAUUACCUGACAGGUUUCCAUAAACGAAACCUAGCCAAGAAAGAGGCUAGGGCUGCCAAAAUGAAAGAAAGGCAACGUCAGGAACGACUCGAGUUAAGGCGUGAGAAGCGACGUUCGCUGGCAGAGAGGGCUGUAGCAAAUGCGAAAGCAGUAGAACGUGCCUACGGCAACGACUUGUCAUCAGGUGACGACCAGCCAAAUGAGGAUGAUUCAUCAAGCUCAAGCAAUGAAAACAACGAAGAGCACGAGUACGAGGGGGAGGAGGAACUGGCGACUGUGACUAUCGACCAGGACUUCAACAUUUCCACCGCGGGAGAAUUCGAGUAUCGUCCUCUGGAGGCGGAUUGUCUGGAUGGCGCAUCGACCGACGGAGUGCCAGUCCCCCGGUCUUGCUCCCAACCUAUUUCUAGUCUUCCUUCGGCCCCUUCAGACAAGUCACCCAGAAAGAAAAUUAGAAAGUUCACGUACGAGACGAAAGCUGCGCGAGUCGCUGUUGCAAGAAAGCAGAAAGCGCGUCAGAAAGAAAAGAUGGAACGUGGCCGUAUAAAAAGCAAGUCCGGUAGUCGCAGUCGCUCAAGCCGAUCGAAGUGA